AUGGACAACAAUGAAAUUGAACGUAUGGAUGAUGACGACGAUGUUCAAAUUUCAGUUCAAGAGAAUGGUGGAAUACCUUAUGAUGAAAUCUCUGUCGAAGCUACUGAUGAUACACUUGAUAUUUCAAUCUUGUCGGAACCUAUAAAUCAAGAAGACGUGCAACGACGAACGUUUUCUCAUUGGCCACAUCGCUCUCCCGAAUUUAUUAAUCAAAUGAUAGAAGCUGGCUUUUAUGGGUGUAAUGCGGACGAUCGUGUUAUUUGCUUCGAAUGCGAUCUUGGCGUACAAUGUUGGAGACCUCAUAUCGAUGAUCCAUGUGAUGUUCAUCGAAGACAUUCACCUAAUUGCAAAUAUGUAAGGUCAAAACUAUUAGGACUUAUAACGGGCCCAUCAUCAUCUCCACCGCCACCACCACCUCCGCCACCAAUGUUUGUGAUCGUUUUCAGUUCAACAGUAAAUCCUGUCAUAAAAUUAAAAAAUGCAUCACAUAAUAUGUAUCUCCGUCAACUUGAAGGAAUGGUACCAAAACAAGGGCAGCGUCCUGAUUAUGCAGAAAUUUCAAAGCGGAUGGAAUCAUUUGCCAGUAGGUCUUAUCAAACGUCUCCAUCUGCUGAUGAUUUUGCUCGUGCAGGAUUUUUCUAUACCGGUGUAAAAGAUAUCGUCACUUGUUUUUACUGCAACGGAACUUUACAAAACUGGGGUGCCAGUGAUAAUCCAAUGAUUGAGCAUGCCCGUUGGUUUCCAGAUUGCGGCUAUGCUCAGCAAUUAUGUGGUAACGAUCGACAUCGAGCAAUUCAAGAGGCACAGCGUCGGCAAAGUACAUUCUUGAAACUUCUACGCCUACUAAUGUAUAAUCUGUUUGUUUUUAUCUAUUUAGGUGAAACCGCAACUAAUAUGUACCAACGUGGGAAUUUAGCUAGUAGAUCAGAUGCGAGUAAUUUGACUAUCAAUAGGCUUUUGACCAUAUCUGACGAGAGCACUUUAAGUCGAUUGGUUGCUGCUCGAUUGGGCUUAUCGAUAUCGUGCAGAUUAAUAGACGAAGGUUUCAAGUUGUCCAUUGUUAGACAAUGCUGGGAGGAUCAAUUGAAAAUUAAGGAGCAGGACUUCGUCUCAGUAGCCGAUAUUCGGAUUGCUUGUUCAAUUGUUGUAAAACAAACUGAACGAAUUGCUGGUAAUAAGAAAAAUAUUCUAAUACUUCACGAUAGCAUGGGACAAGUCCAACAAAAUACAGCUCGUUUCGAUCAAGUGUUACAGAGACAAUCGACUCAAAGGAACAGAACUGGAUCAAGUAAUCAUUUGUCUGAGACAACAGUGCCGUCAACAACGCCAUCAAUGACGGAAACAACAGUCAACAAUGAAGCAGUAGAUGCGCCAAGAAACACCGACGAAUCGUUGAACUUAUGCGUUAUCUGUCUGUCAGAAGAGAAACGAUUAGCCUGUAUACCGUGUGGGCAUCUCGUCGCAUGUGUUCCGUGUGGUUACUCACUGAAAACGUGUCCCAUGUGUAGAGCGAACAUCGAUGCAUUUGUUCGAAUUUACCUGUGA